AUGUCUAUAUCAAUCGAUUCAAAUUGUUCUGACAUGGGUGAUCCAGAUAAAAGUGAUAAUUUUGGAAAUAGUGCAUUACAUCAUUCGGCAGAAAGAGGACACAUACUUUGCGUAAGAUUUUUAACAAAUUUUGGUACGAAUUUAUGGUCUUUAAAUUGUAAUAUGCAAACGCCAAAGGAAUUAGCAGCUUUGAAUAACAGAGUUGAAAUAUUGAAAUUUUUGGAUGAAGUCAUGUCCGAGCAAGAAACGAAAAAAAGAAAAGAAGUCAAGUCUAAAAAAGAAAAAGCUCAAAAAGAAGCAGAAAAAAAAUUAAAAGAAUAUGAAAAAUUUCAAAAAAAGGCUGAAAAAUAUGCAGAAAAAGAGCAGAAACGUUUGGAAAAAGAAAGAGAAAAAAUGGAAGAAAAAUCUUUAAUUGUUAUGCAAGCGUUAAAAAAUAAAACUGGAGUCGUGACAACUCCAAAUAAAGGAAAUACUGUCAGUCCUAAAUUUUCAGAAAUAGUAGGUACCGUCACGGAUUCUAAAAAAUUUGGAAUUAGUGCCGUUCAAAAAAAAUUACAGCAAAAAAAAUUUGCUAGCCAAAGAGGAGAUCCAUUGCGAAGUGGUGAUUUUAAGGUAAUCGAAGUUGAAGAUGGGAAAAAAAAUGUAAAAAAUUUAACGGGUUUUCAACGAGAUUCGGAAAUUCUAUAUGUUUCGACUUUCGAUAAGGAAAAAUUAAAUUCAGGAUCGAGAGGAAAAUUAUCAGAUGUUUUUAAUAAAAAUAGUGAAAAUCAAAAUUCUGAAGGACUUAAUAUAAACACUAAUAAAUUAAUAGAAAAAAAUUUACCUAAAGAACAAUCGAGUAUUUUUGAAAGACCUGGAUUUG